GCAAAGAAGAUUCCACCGCAUUUUCCUUUGAUGUUCACAUAGUUUGUAUCUUUUUAGAGUUUAAAUAAGAAAAAUUAUAGGGGAAGCUCUUAGUCACUCACCGUCACUGACCUUUAUAAUUAGACUAUAGAGAGAGAGAGAGAGAGAGCAUGGAGUAGGCAAGAAGAGCACACAAAUCAAGCAUGGGAAACUGUUUAUUCGGAGGGUUAGGCGACGAAGAGGAAGACUUAUUGAUCAAAGUCAUAAAAUCCGACGGUGGAGUUCUUGAGUUCUACUCCCCCGUCACCGCGGGCUCCGUCUCCCACGAAUUCUCAGACCAUGCUCUUUUCUCGGCCCUUGAUCUCCUCUGGAAACCCCUGCCUCACGACCACCUCCUCGUGCCCGGUCAGUCCUACUAUCUCUUUCCCAAUAUUGUCUCCGACGAGUUGAAGACUUUUGUGGGAAGCUGCCACGUGAGAUCCAACAGCGAGUCCUUGCCAGCGAUAACUCCGUACAGAAUGUCUCUGGAUUACAACCACAGGGUGUUGAAGAGAUCAUACACGGACGUUUUCUCAAGAAACAACCACACAAGGACCCGACAGAAGGAGAAGAAGACGAGGAGGAGACGUACGAUCAGCAAAGGUGGAAUUUGGAAAGUGAAGCUGAUCAUAAACACCGAAGAGCUGUUACAGAUUCUGUCUGAAGAUGGAAGGACAAAUGAGCUAAUAGAGAGUGUGAGAGCCGUGGCCAAGGGUGAAAACGUCGUCACGUCGAGCAUCACAAGUGGUUCGCCCGAGAAUGUCUUGUCCGUGGUACAUACCUAGAUUUUUAUUUCUGGUAGAUCCCUAUAUUUAAAUGUGUGGUUAAUGUUAUUAUAAGUAAUGAAGUCUGUUAUCUUGC